GGCCGGAAAAGAAACGUGCAGCCCUUUUAAGGAUCCCCUCCUAGUUUCUGCUGCUGCACAGUUGCCGUCGCGGACGCAGAAGUGGGUAUCUAAGGCUUCAGCUACGCUGCGCAGGUGGUGAGAUGCCGGGCGGAGGCCGGUGCCCGGACUGCGGUUCUACUGAGCUUGUGGAAGAUUCUCACUAUUCGCAGAGCCAGCUGGUAUGCUCUGACUGCGGCUGCGUUGUCACCGAGGGGGUGCUUACCACCACCUUCACCGAUGAGGGCAACCUCCGAGAAGUAACGUAUUCUCGAAGUACAGGGGAAAGUGAACAAGUUAGUCGCAGCCAGCAAAGAGGUCUCCGCCGAGUGAGAGAUCUUUGUCGAGUUCUGCAGUUGCCAUCAACGUUCGAGGAUACAGCAAUUGCUUACUACCAACAGGCAUAUCAGCACUCUGGCAUCCGAGCUGCCAGGCUGCAGAAGAAGGAGGUGUUGGUUGGAUGCUGUGUUUUAAUCACCUGCCGGCAGCAUAACUGGCCCCUAACCAUGGGAACCAUCUGUGCCCUGUUGUAUGCAGAUAUGGAUGUGUUUUCUGGCACCUACAUGCAGAUAGUGAAGCUCCUGGGACUGGAUGUGCCAUCCUUGUGUUUGGCAGACUUGGUGAAGACUUACUGUAGCAGUUUCAAACUGUUCCAGGCCUCCCCAUCAGUGCCAGCCAAAUACGUGGAAGACAAAGACAAGAUGCUAUCUCGAACCUUGCAGUUGGUGGAACUGGCAAAUGAGACGUGGCUGGUGACUGGGCGACAUCCCUUGCCUGUCAUCACUGCAGCUACUUUCCUGGCAUGGCAGUCUCUGCAGCCUUCAGAUCGUCUGACAUGUUCCCUUGCCCGAUUUUGUAAACUGGCGAAUGUGGACCUGCCAUACCCUGCUGCCUCCCGCCUGCAGGAGUUGCUGGCCAUACUGCUGCGGAUGGCUGAGCAGCUGGCCUGGUUGCAGGUUCUGAAACUUGACAAGCGAUCUGUAGUGAAGCACAUUGGUGACCUUCUCCAGCACCGCCACAUGCUGGUCCGCAUGGCCUUUCAGGAUGGAACAGCAGAAACAGAGGACCAGGAGAAGGAGCAGCAGGGGCAGAGGCAGGAGCAAAGACAUGGAGAAGAGGAAGUGGAUAGUUCCUUAGAUCUGCCCAAGGGGAAGCGGCCAGCUAGUCCUGCUCUUCUUCUCCCACCCUGCAUGCUGAAGCCUCCAAAGCGGAUCCGUCCCAUACUCCCUAUCUCCACAGUCACUGGAGAUGAGAACAUUUCUGAUAGUGAAAUAGAGCAGUAUUUGCGUACCCCUCAGGAAGUUAGGGACUUUGAGAGAGCCCAAGCUGCUAGCCAUGCUUCCACAAGUGUCCCUAAUCCUCCUUGAUGCACAGCCACCAGAGGUACCUCACUUGACAACUGCUGGAUAAUAGGCAUGUCAUAUCCCAGGAAAUAGGUAUAUAUGAGCCCUUGGAUAUGUCUGGGUGUGCAGGAACUAAGAGUGGCACUGCAAAUAGUUGAACUUGAAGUCUUGGAGUAGAAGCUGGGAGGGGUGGCUAUAAGUGGAAAGAAUCUCCCUUGGUGCAGAUCAAGUUGCAUAUGUUCACAUUCCGUGGAAUGGCUUCUUGCCUGAUGGGGAAAAUGCCAGGCUCUUUUGCCCUGGUUUGCAUUAAACUCAUCGAUGGUUCUGCAGGCCUACUAUGGCUGUCCUAGAGCACUUCUGUGGAGUGGCUGGUACUCUCAGUAGUACCAAGCCUCAAGAGCAAGAACUGGAGAAUUCUUGGCCCCAUAUCCAUUCUAGGCACUAGUGGGUUUGUGUAUGUGUCAUGAAAUCCUCUACCUCAUUAACAAAAGGACUGUGUGUGGACUACAGCUAUAGCUCAAAGGGUUUUGCAAACUUUUAAUAUAUUAAAACAAGAGGCAUCUGCUAGAAAACAUUCUAUUGUAUAAAACCCGAGCUUUUAAAAACAUGUUUUCUUUGGCACUUUUCAUUCCCUCCCUCCCCUUUCCCCAGAGUAUUGCAAAAAGCUCUCCAGUGCUAAGGCAUUGGCAGGGUAUGUAAACAGCAGCCAGCGUAUGUGGAAGAAUAAUACAAAGCUUUUUUUUUUUUUUUUUUUUCCUAAUAUUGUCUGU